AUGCACACGCCCAGCGUCAAGUACCCGGCCGGCAGACGGCGGCUCGAGCCCAUUGCCGUCAUCAUCUCGGCCACGUUGAUGGGCAUGGCAGCGAUUGAAGUGAUUCAACAGUCGGUGGAGGCGCUCAUCAAGGGAUUCAACGGCCACCAGCGGGUGCUCGAGAUCUCCAACUUCACCAUGGUCGUGCUGCUGGUCGCCAUGGUGGUCAAGCUGGCGCUGUGGUACGUCUGCGCCAAGAUCGCGUCGCACUCGCCUUCGGCCGACGCACUCGCACAGGACCACCGCAACGAUGUCUUCAGCAACACAGUCGCAGUCGCCGCCGCCUUCGCCGCCCACUGGCACUCGAGUCUAUGGUACCUCGACUCGGUCGGCGCCAUCGUGAUCUCGGUGUACAUUGCCGUCAGCUGGCUUGCGACUGGAAAGGAGCAAGUGGAGCGCCUCGUCGGCCUGCAGGCCGACCAGGAGUUCAUCGAUCAGAUCCGGCUGCUGGGCGACGUCCACCACCCGAUGAUGAGAACCGACAUCGUGCGCGCAUACCACUUCGGCAACAACUACCUCGUGGAGAUGGAGGUCAUCCUGCCCGAAGACAUGUGCGUCAAGGACGCCCACGACAUCAGCCUCAGCUUGCAGGACAAGGUGGAGGAGCUAGACAACGUGGAGCGUGCCUUCGUGCACGUCGACUACCUAGAGCGCAACUACGACGAGCACAAGGACCCCACGAUUCGCCGCGACUCCCCCUAG